AUGGCGCUCCCCCCCAGCCCCCUGGCCAUGGAAUACGUCAAUGACUUUGACCUGAUGAAGUUCGAGGUGAAACGGGAGCCCUCCGAAGCAGGGGGUGGUCUGUCCGAGACCUCCCUGGGCUCCACGCCCUACAGCUCCGUGCCACCCUCGCCCUCCCUGAGCGACACGGGCACCGCCGAGCGUGCCCACCCGGCCCUGGAGGAGCUGUACUGGCUGGCGGCCCUGCAGCAGCAGCUGGGGACCGAGGCAGGGGAGGGGGUAGGCCUGACCCCCGAGGAGGCCAUGGAGCUCCUGCAGGGUCAUCUCCCUGCCCCUGCUGAGCCCCCUCGCCCCCACGGCCUGGGACCCCCAGACCAGCUGGACGACGGACACCACCAGGUCCCGGGCCCGGCGGAGAGGUUCUCGGACGCGGCGCUGGUGGCCAUGUCCGUGCGGGAGCUGAACCGGCGCCUGCGGGGCUGCGGGCGGGACGAGGCGACCCGGCUGAAGCAGAGGCGGCGGACCCUGAAGAACCGUGGCUACGCUCAGGCCUGUCGCUCCAAGCGGCUGCAGCAGCGACGGGGGCUGGAGGCCGAGCGGGCCCGGCUGGCGGCCCAACUGGACGCCCUGAGGGCCGAGCUGGCCCGCCUGGCCCAGGAGCGCGACCUCUACAAGGCCCGCUGCGACAAGAUGGCCACUGCGGCCUGCCCUGGGGACCACCCCCACUUCUUCCUGUGA